CUCUGUGCACCAGCUGGACCUCAGCAAGCCCGGAAUGCCGAGCCGAACCCUUCCCGAAGAACCAGACCAUGUGUCCGGGGAUUUCCAGCUCGCCGACAAAGCCCUCUUCCAAGAGAUUCACCGGCUGAACCUUGAAGCAGUCGUUUUGAAGUCCAUCCCAAAGAUGGACGACGAGGACACCGACUCCGCCUCAGAGGACGAACAGUCCUACACAUUUUUGAGGAAAGUCAGGAGAACAGGAUCAACGAGGAAGUCGCUCCGGCAAGACAUGUUUGUUCCCAUAAGAGAAAUUGAGAGGAUAGAAAAGAGCCCGAGACGGCAGGCGACAACACUUAUGUGGCGGGAGGUUCGCUACGGCAGGAUAACUGCUUCCAUCAUCAACAAGGUGCGCACAAUGCGAGACACUACAUCCCCAUAG